UCGACGUCGUUUCAUCAACGCACUUUUUCGUUUAAAAUCAACUCAACAGAACCAUCGAUUUCACCACUUUCUCUCUCAAAUUCAAUUUCAAUUUCAAUUCCAUAGCUUCUUCCCCUUCAACAAACCCUAAUUGCUAUUAUCUCUCUCUCUUCUCUCUCUCUAAAUCUCAAUGGCUAGCAUUAACGUGAACACUGAAGCUGCUCAAGACAACAUUGCUCCCUCAAAGCAACCUCUCCCUCCACCAAAAACCGUUGAUUCUCAAUCUGUUCUCAGAAGGUUGCAGUCUGAAUUGAUGGCUUUGAUGAUGAGUGGAGAUUCUGGUGUAUCUGCCUUCCCUGAAGAGGACAAUAUAUUGUGCUGGAAAGGAACAAUUACAGGAAGUAUAGACACUGUGUUUGAGGGAACAGAAUACAAGCUGUCCCUUUCUUUUCCUAAUGAUUACCCUUUUAAGGCUCCAAAGGUCAAGUUUGACACCACCUGCUACCACCCCAAUGUAGAUGUGCAUGGAAAUAUUUGCUUGGACAUUCUUCAGGAUAAAUGGUCAUCUGCUUAUGAUGUCAGAACAAUUCUUCUAUCAAUUCAAAGCCUGCUAGGAGAGCCAAACAUUAGCUCACCUCUAAAUCCACAAGCAGCGCAACUUUGGAGCAAUCAAGAAGAAUACAGGAAGAUGGUGGAGAAGUUGUACAAGUCUCCUAGUGCUCAGCAUUGAUCUUGGAGUUUAUUGAUUUUCCACUCUGUGUCUGGCGGCUGGUCUGCUUUAGAAAUGAGAAGAGAUGAAAUUUUGAAUAUUCAAAAUGGGGCUUGUGAAUUUUCUAUACAUGAUUGUAGCAUCUCUCUUUCAUGAUUGUAGCAUCUCUCUUUCAUUGACAGUUAGUGUGGGAGGAUGAUUUUCUUCUGUUUGGAGCUUGGGGGGUAGUUUGUACAAGAGAUUAUCAGAUUCAACAACAGGAUUUGUUUUCCUUUAUUAUACUUUGUACUCAUUUUCAUCACAAAAAUUAACUAAUUCGAUAUAAAGAUUAUUAUUUUUUCCCUGUA